CUCUCUCUCUCUCUCUUUCUGUGUGUGUGUGUGUGUUUUUGUGUUUGUGGAGACACGUUAGGGGUGGUGUAUAAAAAGGUUCGAUGAAAGUCACGACAGAUGGCGCGUCGUUCGUUGGGGGUCGAAGAAAUAGUGAUAUAUAGUCGGCGCCGAUUGAACUGGUGAACUCGAGGAUGCAACCCCCGGCUGAGACCUCGGCAUCCCGAGCAACGGCAGUCGCGAGCAGUCGCGAGCUUCGUGCCGAACUGGGGCGAUGCUUGUCACUCGUUUACGCGAUCACGAACGUUCGUCAUUGGUGCUGCCGUCGGUAACGUUAAAACGUUAUUUCUUAAAUCCCUUUAUAUCUUAUAUUCCUUGUCGAACUCCUCGAUAUUAUCUUUUAUCCUUUUUACGACGAUCACGACAUUUUUUUUAUUCAUCUCGACGCCAUCGUAAUCGGCUCGAAAGCUUCAACGACGCUACGAUACCCAGGUCGACACGUGAGCACGACGACGUUCUACCAACGAGAUGAGAGACGUCUGACCGUUCGGAGGUGGUGUAAGGAAUGGCCAGCAGUACGGAGGACUACGGCUCGGAAUUGCAGGAGUUGCAGUGGGGUGGUGGUAGCGGUUCUCAUUUUCUACGAAGUAAUUCUCACUUUCUGAGAAGCGGUACCGGAGGUUGUUACGAAGCUGAGGAUCUUGAACCAAAUAGCAGGCACCAUGCCGGUCAACACAGAGGAUAUUAUAGCCCGCCUGGCACCAGUUAUACCAUUGUCGAAAGACCACCCAGUGCUCCUCAUCAUCACUCUUCUCAUACGACACCUUAUAGGCAUCGAACUCAUGCGACUUCCGGUACUGGUGCUAUUUCACCGGAACAAGUACUCAGGUUGUUCGGUAAUGGUGUACCGGCGGAAAGACGUCAAGGUGAACGAAGGACACCUGCCUCGAGUCCAGCCAGCGUGGCCGCCGUGAGAAGUACGAGUUCUUCUCAACAGGGUCAACAACAGUCUCAACAACAAUCUCAACAACAACAACAACAACAGCAGCAACAACAGCAACAACAGCAACAGCAGCAACAACAGCAACAGCAACAGCAGCAACAGCAACAACAACAGCAACAGCAAGGGCAACAGGUUGUGGGCUCAAAUCCGCCAACUUCGCCAGGUUCGCAGCCUUUGAGCCUUCAGGAGCUCACCGUAAGGACAAUAACCAUGACGAGAGAUCCACCGGACUCUCAUCAUGGAUUUGGAAUCUGCGUGAAGGGUGGCAAGGACGCAGGUGAGAUCCGAAGUACCUUCAAGCUACCCCCGUCGCCGUACUUCGUGCCUCGAGAACGAGUCUGCGAAUUGUUCUCAGGGGUGGGUGUCUACAUCUCGAGAGUGGAAGAAGGUUCAGUGGCCGAGCGAGCUGGACUCAGGCCAGGGGACACCAUUUUAGAGGUGAAUGGCACACCCUUCCAUGCGGUGACCCACGAGGAGGCUCUCAAAAUGCUGAAAUCCUGUAGGACUUUGAGUAUGACGGUACGUGGACCGGCAUUAGAUCCCCGUUGCAGAGUUGGUCAUCCUGUUUGGCCAUCUUCGGGUCGUCAACAAUCCUGCAGUUGGAUGGACCGUCAAGGAAGACCAGCUUCUCCGCCACCUUUUUAUUCCUCCCGAGAUUCCCGAUAUGGACCACGAACGCGAAAGGUCGAACUAUGCAUCGAACCAGGCCAAUCCCUUGGUCUUAUGAUCAGAGGUGGUCUCGAAUAUGGCCUUGGAAUAUAUGUCACUGGAGUAGACAAGGAUAGUGUCGCCGAUCGUGCUGGACUUCUGGUCGGAGAUCAGAUUAUAGAGGUCAAUGGACAAAAUUUCGAGGAAGCCACACACGAUGAGGCAGUACAGAUAUUAAAAACAAACAAGAGAAUGAGUUUAUUGAUACGAGACGUAGGAAAGGUACCUCAUUCGUGUACUACCAGUCAACCAAUUGUGAUGCCAACUUCGAGAUAUCCUGAACACGAUCCUCUCAUUCUCGAAAGUCCUGGAAAUCAUCGGCCGCCUAGUCCUGCAAGCAGUACGAACGAAUGGAGACAUCGUGGUGGAAUUCACACGGUUUCUGCGGCUACAGCAGCUAUGGUUGAAGAAAAGGCAAGGGUUGUACUAGCGAGAAGUGAAAGGGCCGCGCUCUCCCAACUUCUCGCCGAUUAUAGAACGCGAAGGCUGACGGUCGAGGAGCUGGUUGCGAAUCUUGCCGAUCUUUUGAAUACCCAUGAAAAAUUGACGCUUCUAACGGAACUCAGAGAACUCGUUGAUAGCAAGGAUAGAGCUGCUUUCGAUAAUUUAGUUUACAGACCACGCAUCGCCAUGGCCAGGAAAAAAGGAGAUUGGAUUCAUUCAGAUCUAAUAGUUAUACCGUCACUCCACGAUCUUCCGAGGGGUGUAACCGGUGGUUGUUGCCGUCCGGGACGACUGGUGGACGUCGAGGGAGAUCCCCUGGGAGUGACAGGACCUCUCCUGCCAAGGGAUAAUCAAGAGUAUAGGUCACCGAGCGAGGACAGCGGUCUCGGGGCUGAUAUCCCCAGGACCAGAGUGACCAGCAGGAGGGCUCAACAACAUCAGGUGACUACCUCCGACCUCGCCCUCUCCAACGACGACGAGUGUGAUAAUCAGGAUUACGAGGACGAUAUAGACAGCGGACGGGGACGAAGACAUAGCUCGCCUGGAGGAUCCCGAGGAAAUACACGAGAUUACGGACAUCAUCAUCUUCAUCCGGAUAAUUUGGAACUCGCACACAAACUCUCACGAAGCUUCGAUAUGCAAGAAGCACAAUUACUCGAUGAAGGUAGUUCGGGUGGAGGUUCUGCUACUGGAAGCGGAGGACCAGGUGGACCACCUAGAAGACAUCACAGUGCUCAGAGAUUAACCAGAAGCGAGAUGUCCGAUAGAAGGGAAGAAGACGGUGCUUUAGUUGUACCGGAUCAUCAAGGAAAUCUUAGGAUUACCGUAAAGAAAACUAAAUCAAUUUUGGGUAUAGCGAUCGAGGGUGGUGCUAAUACUAAGCAUCCUUUACCGAGGAUCAUUAACAUUCACGAUAACGGAGCUGCUUACGAAGCUGGUGGACUGGAAGUUGGUCAACUUAUUCUCGAGGUCGAUGGUCACAAGGUUGAAGGUCUACAUCAUCAAGAAGUUGCCAGAUUGAUAGCCGAAUCAUUUGCACGUCGUGAUAGAAACGAAAUUGAGUUUCUUGUAGUUGAAGCAAAGAAAAGUAACCUCGAACCAAAACCAACGGCUUUAAUCUUUCUGGAGGCGUAGCAGGAGUCCCCCACCUCCGAGCCGGAACCGCCGUAGUAAGAGGCUCCUCUCAACAAUCUAGAAAAUCGGUCCGUGAGAAAAAGAGAAUCAUGUUCUAACAUUAGAGAAAAUUUAAUCCCGAUGAUCGAUUUAUGAUAUAUUAACAAUCGAUUAUAGUAAAAAAAAUGUAAGAACUCAUUCUCGAUUCGCGGCCGAAUUUUCAAAUCGGUCGUUCCUCAACCUGGCCCUGGUGGUGGGACCUUACAACAUUGAAAUAACGAAAUAGAAGAGACACAUGGAAGUACACACA